CAUCGCUUCAUCAAGUAGAAGUGAACCCACCGCAAUCAUCAAGUAAUUCACCAUACUUCCUAUAAUUGAACUUCGAUGAUGAUGAAAUCCCAAGGCAACGAAUCCCAGGGCCUUCAGAGCUUCUUGCCUCUGAUCAACAAAGUCGACAAUGUCCCUCUGGGUUUUGACUUCAACACCCUCUACAAGCUCUUUCUACCCAACGACUCUAGGCCCCAUGGCUUCAUGGUCCAAAGCACCGUAGAGCGUCUUCCGUGGACCCCGGACUUCCACAUCGACCACAAUAAGCGCACAGUGCAGCUGCUCAACUCCACGAUCAAAGAUGAUGAGGACCCCGGCAAGGCAUGCACAGCUGCCUUUCAACGCGUCGUCGAUGCCGCCAUUGCCUCUGACUCUUUCCCCUCGCUGAACAAGCUCCAUAGCGAGAAUUUUAGAAUCAUCGGCGCGAACCACUUUGUCUCGAUUGAGCGAUUUCCAGCGCCUCUGUUCGGCAUCUCGUCGCGCGGGGCACACAUGACCGCCUAUGUCAAAACAAGCGAAGGGAUGAAGAUCUGGGUACCGAGACGGAGCGCGCAUCUCUUCACUUUCCCGAACCUACUUGAUACCACUGUCGCGGGCGGCGUCAAGGCCGAGGACUCGCCCUUCGACUGCAUCAUCGCCGAGGCGACGGAGGAGGCGUCGCUGCCUGCUGACUUUGUCAAGGAGAAUGCUCGAGCUGUCGGAGCUGUGACGUACUGUAGCUUGAACAAGCAGAGGGGGACAUUCUUCCCGACUGUUCUCUACGUCUACGAUCUUGAGCUACCUGAGUCGAUCGAGCCUCAGCCGGGCGAUGAUGAGGUUUCCGGUUUUGAACUGAUGUCGAUUGACCAGGUCAAGGAUGCCAUGCUGGGUGAGCAGUUCAAGCCCAACUGCGUUCUGGUCAUGCUCGACUUCUUCAUCCGCCACAACAUCAUCACCUCUGAAAACAAUGAUGAGUAUCUGGAGAUUGUCACUAGGAUGCGGCGGCAUCUUCCGGUACCAACCAGUCCGGAACGAAGGUGAUAGAUCGUGAGUUGGCCAAACCUUGGUUGGGUAUGCCCGGGGAAAACAUCUGGUUCACAUGGAUGCCAGAAUAGAUUCACUGUAGACGAGCCGUCAGAAUAGAGACGAAGACUCUGCCACCCUGGUAUACUUAUGAUGCUGAUAGCCUGGAAAAUGGCAACACUUGAUACCUUGGAUUCAUUCAUUGCGGAC